AAGUCAGCUGAUAGGAUAAAAUAGGGGAGCAGUGCAGCUGUUAAUUGUCAGUUGGUAAGGGGCAGGGGAACUGGGAAGAAGUGUCUAAGGAGCCUGUGGUCUCCUGUGGCUGAGUCAUUUUUCAGAUACUCCAGACAUUUCUCUUGUGGAACGCGAUGUCAAACAUAAAAGUUGCAAUCAGAGUACGUCCACGAACUAUUAGCGAAGCUACGCUUGAUCAUCAGUUAACGGUGCACAUGGGUGGCAACAAUAUAGUUCACUUACACAAUCCUACGAUAUCGAAAACCAGUGCGAAGUAUGGAUGGAAUGAUAAAAGGGCAUCAAGUCAGCCACGGCAAUUCGCUUUUGACUACUGCUUUCCUGCGACUGAUGGUUCUUGCGCUUCCGCCAAUAUUGCCAGCCAAGAAAAGGUAUUCGAAGAUCUGGGAAUGCCGGUGCUGAACUCUUUAUUUGAUGGAUACAAUGCGUGCGUGUUGGCUUACGGGCAAAGUGGAACAGGCAAAACUUACACCAUGAUGGGGACUCCACUGGAACCUGGAUUAGCUCCAAAACUAUGCACUGCUAUCUUUGAACGAAUUACUUCAGAAUGUGGUUGCAGUAACGUCCACCGACCUUCGUUUCGGAUCGAGAUUAGUUUUAUGGAGAUCUAUAACGAAAAAGUUCGUGAUCUUUUGGAAGAAUAUUCAAAUCGAGGCUCUGUGCAGCUAAAAAUCCGAGAACAUCCACAAUUAGGACCUUAUGUUCAAGGGUUAAGUCGUCAUACUGUGGAAGACGCUGCGGCGGCCUUGGGGCUUUUGAAGGAGGGAGUGGAGCGUAGAAGCUCAGCUGCCACACAAAAAAAUGGCCAUUCUUCUCGUUCGCACGCGGUAUUUACGGUACACUGCACAGCAGCUUGGGUCACUGGUGAAGGAUUGCCACGAGAAACUGUUGCAAAACUUCAUCUUGUUGACUUGGCGGGAAGUGAACGAGCAAGUUGCAAUCCUGUCAGCCGUCUCCGCCUCAAAGAAGGUGCGCUUAUUAACAAAUCUCUGGCCAGUUUGGGCAAUGUUAUCAACGCUUUAGCUGAAAAAGCUUCUCUGAGCAAGGGUAGCAUUAGUACGCUCAAUACUAGUAGCUCGUCUACCUCCAGUAUUAACAUACCGUCCGUCCAAACAACACCUUCCGCAACACCACGUCGUUCACAGACACCCUUCAUACCGUACCGCGAUUCAGUACUAACAUGGCUUCUCAAGGAUUCCUUAGGUGGCAAUUCCAAGACUUUUCUGGUGGCAGCCAUUUCCCCUUCUACUCGCGCAUUUAAGGAGACUUUAAAUACUCUUCGAUUUGCUGAACGAGCCAAACGUGUUGUAAAUGAACCGGUCAUCAACGAAAAUGCAAGUGUUGAAUUGAUUCACCAUUUAACGCAGGAGGUAACGCGUCUAAGAGCGUUGUUUGCUCAGUCGCAGGUGGAAUCCAAUCAAUCAAAUGAUAAUUCAAGUUUGAUUCCUUCUGAAAACAUCACCAAGUUGUUAGGCGCUAACCAUUCCAAGGCAUGUGAAUUAACCGAAGACUGGUUACGAAAAUGGCGUCGUGGAAUUGGGGAAGCAAUAUCAACCGUUCAUAGUACGCCACAGUCUACCGAGAUCGGUAUCCAGACCUCAUUCCCCAUCAUCAUGAAAGACCUGGGAAAUGUGAUACCUGCAAAAGAAUCCAAGUCGGCAAAUAGAGCGCCUGUGGAAAAUGCAACAAGUAACUUAGGAACUAUUGACUUCCAUAGUGAAACUAGUUGUUGGAGUGAUGAUAGUCUGGAUGGUUCAUAUCCGACAGAAUUUCGUCCAACAACCGACAGUCAUACCGAAUAUCCAGGAAUGAGCAAGCUAAUGGUGCAAGAAUCAGCCUCGAUCAUUAAACCAAACUUUCAUAUUGGAGAAAGUUUAUCUGCUCCAUUUUCGGGUUCCUUUCACCAGCAGAGACCGUCGCCAACUCCUUCGAGCAAAAAGCGAAUCAGUGCACGAAGAGUGAUUAAAACAGGGCCUGAUGUGCGAACAAUGUUUAAGAAUUCGGGGGAAAUCCAACAAAGUAGAUGUUCUUCGCCUUUAUCACCAUCUUUGGUUGUCACUGGUCGACCUCCAGAGAGUUUUUCUAAGCGAAAAGCCUUUAAGUACAUCCCAGAUCAAGUUCAUCCGUUCGGCAUUUCGGCUUGCUCUCAGAAAUUACCAUUAGACAAUUUGCCAUCAAAUCAAGACCAUGAGAUUGCAAAAGUAAAAUCAAAUUCUUAUGACGAAAAAAUGAUAAACAAUGAUUCACAUAAAUCAUAUCAAGAAUUGGAACUUGCUAGCCGUAGUGUAGAGUUUGUGCCAUCGUCUCGAAUCGGUUUAUCUUCUUGCAACUCGAAGGUGAACUGCUGCUGUCACAUUCUACAUCACGGUAGUCCUUGCAAGCUGCAACAUCAGAAUUUCUUAGCACAAAUUGGUUACCAGCGUAACAGCUAUUGCCAACAUGACAUAAGUUACCAGCAGAGUCGUGCAGUACCUUGUAAAUCCCAAUCGUUUGAUACCAUACUACGGGCAGAAUUGUUAGCCAUUCGUCGAAGAAUGGUGGCACGAACAGCUAGCCCCAAAGUGGCAGCCUCUUUGCGUUAUUUAACUCAAUGGCAAACCGAUUCGCUGGAAAACCCUCUCAGUAUAAAAAGUUAACAUAAUUUUCUAGAUGUGAUUUUAGUUUAGUCAUUCACACCUUAAUAUUAUCUUCUCAUUACUUGGCACCGCCUUAAAAAUAAUGCUCUUCCUAACCAUGAUCACUUUUAAUAUAUGAAUAGAUUGACAUUUCUUAACGCCGUCUUUUAACCAUUUUUUUGAUUAUUGCAAAUAUUCGUUUUUCUUUGACGUCCGGGUUCAAAUAAUAAUAUAUUUUUUUCCAACUGAACUUUUAUCUUUAACAUGUUCUUCGUGGAUUUCAAUGACUGCAAAAUUCGAAGGUGUUGGAAUAAAAGUCUGGCAGUUUGGCCUGGUGUAGAGAAAGGA